AGAAAAAAAAAAACCAGUCAACGACUCAGAUCCAACCAUGGCUAGUGAAGAAGAAAAGUCAACUCCAAUCUGCACCGUUGAUCCAUACCAAUACCUCCAAUCUAAACUUAACCCAGAUGGUACACUUACUAGAUACCUUGAUGUUCCAUCUACUCCUGCCACACCAGAUCCCAACUCUUCUUCCUCUGUUCUUACCAAAGAUUUUACUCUAAACUCGACUUACAAUACUUAUGUUCGUGUUUUCCUCCCCAAAUCUGCGUUAUCGGAUCCUUCUAGGAAGCUCCCCAUCGUGGUGUACUACCACGGGGGUGGUUUUGUUCUUUUACAUGUCGAUUCUUUCUAUAAUCAUGAUAUUUGUUGUGCGCUUGCAUUAUAUGCGUCGGUGAUUGUUGUGUCUGUUGAGUAUCGGUUGGCGCCUGAGCAUCGCCUUCCAGCUGCUUAUGAUGAUGCUAUGGAUGCUGUGAAGUGGGUUCGUGCUUCGGUGGUUAACAAGGAGCAUAGCACUUCUGAUCCAACUGAUGAAUGGUUGUCCAAAUAUGGAGACAUUAGUAACUGUUUUUUGAUGGGAACAAGUGCUGGAGGGAACAUAGCUUAUCAAACAGCAUUAAGGGCAUCUUAUCUCAUUGACGAUCUCCACCCCUUGAAAUUUAAAGGUGCAAUUUUGCAUCAUCCAUAUUUUGGUGGGCCCCAGCGUACCGGAUCGGAAUUGAGGUUGAUUAAUGAUCCAUAUUUGCCAUUGUCGGGUAACGAUUUGUUUUGGGAGCUCUCUUUGCCCGAAGGGGCGAGUCGUGACCAUGAGUUUUGCAAUCCUUUAUCAGGGUUAGCGGGUGAUGGAUUGGGUCGAAUAGAAAGAAUCAAGAAGAUGGGUUUGCGUGUGUUGGUCACGGAGUGUAGUGGUGACCCCCUUGUGGACCGUAUCUCCGAGUUUGUUACGGUGUUGGAAAAUAUUGGAGUUAAUGUGAAGGGGCAUUUUACUGAAGGAGAUUAUCAUGGAGUAGAUAUUUUGGACCAAAAAAAGUGCAAAGAAUUGCUUGUAGUUAUUCAUGAUUUUAUCAACUCCUGCUUGAAUGCUUGAGAAUGUUGCGUGUUGAUAAAACAUUGCGAUUCAAGUCUUUUUUUACUGUACUUUUUAUUGAAUCGCCUAAUUUAGCAUAUUAGAAUUUUCUUUGAAGUUGUUACCACAAAAUAAAAACACAUGUACUUUAGAAUUUAUAACACAAUAAGACAUCAAUUGGUGUUAUUAAUGUAAUAAUUUAUAAUUCUACUUUUAUCUUCUUACAAAGUACUCG